AUGGUGGCGACCUCUAGGUACAGAAGGCCCGAAUUGGACUACAGUUCCAACAGGACGACGAAUAUUAAUAAACAACAAUUAGGAAGUGUGAAUUCUGUGAAUUCUCUUAUGUUUUGUAAACCACAAAUUACGAAAGUUGUUUCAAGCAUUGGACUUGUGAUUGACACAGCUGCGACUAUUCCUCCCAAAGUAUAUUUCAUCGAUUCUAAGGAAAAUUAUAACAUCUUAGCCUACAGUUUUCAUAGAGGAUCAGGAAAAUUUAUUGAUAAGUCUAAGAUCGUUUUUAACUGGAAAAAACAAAAAAUGGUGGGAUAUCCACGUCGUCUGACAGUUGAUAAGGAUGGUAACCUCUGGGUGCCUCUUUAUGAUGGUCACGGAGUCAUUCAAGUUAAUCCAAAGAAUAAAGAAAUAAUAAAAUUUAUUCCCAUACCAGCACACAGAGUCGGCGCAUGCACUUUUGGGGGUGCUAAUUUUGAUAUUUUAUUUGUGUCAACAAUAGGAUAUGGUCACGGAAAUGAUCGUAAACAACGUCCACCAAAAGAUGAAGGUGGUUCAAUUUUCGCUCUCAUGGGCCUUGGCGUGCAGGGGUGGCCGCCACAACCAUUUAAAUUAGGUAUAUUUCCUGCCCCUAAAAAUGACAUUGUAAAAAUAUAA